CCAUCCCAUCAUAUAGGUACAAGGUGUGAGAGGCCAUGAUAGUUGGAAUGAAAAUUUGAAAUGGCAAAGAAGACAUACGAUUUACUAUUUAAACUCCUACUGAUAGGGGACUCUGGAGUGGGAAAGACCUGCUUAUUGUUCAGAUUUUCAGAUGAUGCUUUCAAUACGACUUUUAUAUCAACUAUAGGUAUUGAUUUUAAGAUAAAGACAGUUGAAUUAGGAGGAAAGAAGAUCAAACUUCAAAUAUGGGACACAGCUGGUCAGGAGAGAUUCCACACAAUCACCACAUCUUACUACAGAGGUGCCAUGGGAAUCAUGCUAGUCUAUGACAUUACCAAUGCCAGGACAUUUGAAAAUAUUUCAAAGUGGCUUAGAAACAUUGAUGAGCAUGCCAAUGAAGAUGUAGAGAAAAUGAUUCUGGGUAACAAAUGUGAUAUGGAUGACAAGAGACAGGUGCCCAAGGAAAGGGGAGACGCAAUCGCCAGAGAACAUUGUAUUCCAUUCUUAGAAACAAGUGCAAAGUCCAACAUCAAUGUAGAAAAGGCAUUCAUGGAUCUGGCCCAGGCAAUUCUUGACAAGACUCCCAGUCGGGAUUCUCAAGGUGGAGGUGUGGACAUAACGUCACAGAGAGACCAAAACAAGGGAUCCUGUUGCUCAAAGUAGUGACCCUGAACAUUUUACCUUCAACUACUGGACUGUACAGAGCACCUUUAUUAUCUGGUUAUUGAAUGAUUCAUCAUGAUUUUAUCAGUUAAGAGCACUGGCUCUUGUUUAGAAACUGACAACAGUGUUUGCUGCAAAGUGUUUCACUGACCUUUCCAGUGCAUGGAUAAACAUAGACCAUACAAACCACGUUCCUAAGUCUUCAUCGACAGUGUUUUUAAGUUUGCAGACCCAGUGCAAAAAGGAUAAUGUGGUAUGAGAAGUUAUUUAUAAAAAAACUGAACACUGUAUCUGGUAAUUUUUUUUUAUCCAGUUGUUGCUUGUUAUUUAUAAAAAAGACAGUUAUUGAAUCUGGUCCUUUUAAACCAAGCCUGAAAUUAUAAACAAGAGUCUUGUUUCAACAGGAAAAAUACAUAAGAAAGAUUGAUUUUAUGUGGAUGUGUGCAAAGAUAAAAUGGCAGAUAAUAAUGACGCUUAUCCAUAGAACAUAUUGGAAUAUAUUGCUGGGUGGAAUAUUCAAAUUUAACAUAUAUAAUAGAGGUAUGAAUGUUGUGAUUCCCAGCUGUAGCAGAUAUUCAGAGCACAGUCCAGAGCCUAUAUUUUUACUGUUCUUCAUUUGUUAAACCUAAAUUGAAAUCCAGGAUGAAUUUCUCUUUCUAUAGAUUUUCAAUUUAUGCAAAUGCAAAAAAAAAAAAAAAUCAGUUUGUUCAAAGAGCAAGUCUGUAGUUUGUGGAAGUUUACUAGAAAAAUGGAACCAGAUUAAAAAUAAGCAGAAUGUCAAUCUGUCAAGUGAUUUAUACUGUGCAAAUGACACUGAGGCAUCUGGUGACUCUGAUACUUAUUUCUGUGUACAGGCAUUGUCACAUUAUCUUGUAAAUAGUGCAGUGCAUAUUUGUAAACUGCUGUCUACUGUCAAACUUUCACCAAAGUGUACAUUUUAGGCUUUGAUAUUAUUUCAUGUAUUGUCAAAACAUUUCUUAAAGCCUUUAAUGAAAGGGUGUUUUUAACUUCUUGCCUUCCUUGAAAGAGUCAAAUGAAAUAAAUAUAGUGUGUAGUACCAAGCAUAAGCCUGUCUUUAACACUCGUAUUUACAAAAAGUUGCACAAUCUGCAGAAACAUUGUCAUGUAUUUACUAAAGUUAUUAUUAAUUACACUUUGUCUAAAUAACAUUGUAUCACCAUUUAUGUAAUUACUCUAGACCUGUACUGGCAUGACUUCAUUCACAUAUUUAUUAGAAAGAUUCUGUUCUCAUUGGGUUAUGUCAAAAAAAGAUUGGGGAAUUGUCUCUAUAUCAAGGAAGAAAGGCAGUUUUAUGUAUUACCUUUCGUUGCUUGUAGGUGUUCUAUUGUAUUAGUGUCAUUGACAGGUAUAUAUCCUAUGCAGUAUACUGUCACUUGCUUUAAUAGUUGUCCUGUGAAGUGGUUUUAUUAUUCACCUUUAAAAGAAAGGUUAACUGAAUUGUUUCCUUUUCCAAAGACUACUUUGAUUGAUGAAGAUUCUGUUUCUGUAGUGACAAAAGGCAGUUGAAUGUUCUUAAAUCACGCCAUAUUACCUAAUUUUUUUCAUUAUGGAUUAGAAUUGAUGAAGAUGACACUGCGUAUAUGUCCAUUGAAGAAAGACUUAACUAUUCUUUUCUGAAAUAUUAGUAAAUUAACUUGGGCUUUGUUUUGUAGAAGGGCUUCCAAAGAACAUUUUGGAUCCAUUCUUACACUACACAAGUGGGUUAAGCCCUGCUUUUAGAUUAAAUUAUAGUGGUACGAAAAGAUGUGUAUAUUUUAUUAAAUUGUGCUUGUAACUGUGUAUGCUUUCAACAAAACAGCACAUUUCACAUGAUUACUCCAACAGUAGUAACAAUGUAAGCAAUGUGUAAUUCUUGCAGUUUAAACAUUUUUAUUAUGUGCCUUAUUGUAAAUUGUUUACUGUCUUGGUCUAGAACAUCUGUCCCAGUGCUAUUAGAAUAUGUUGCUCAUUAGUUGUCUUCUUGCUACCUUUAUGUAGGAAUGGGUUUUUUUUACAGUAGGAGCUGAGAACAGAAUGCUGACAAGAUGAAUAAGUAAAGGGUAUCAUUAUGUGGUAUUAACCUGCUUUCACAGCAGUUUUAGCUGUUGGUGCUUGUUGGAGUAUCUCAUUUAAUAAUUAACAUGCUGACACAGAUUGCAGGUUGUCAUUACAAUAAAGGCUAAAAUAUUUGUAAA